AUGUCCCCAACGGGUAACAACGGGAGAUACCAACGAGGAAAGCAUAGCCGCAAGGUCAAGCCGCGCAAAAGCACAAUUAAGGACAAUCAAGAUCCGAACGAGGAGAUCAUGACCCCAACCAAAGCAACGCCCCUUAGAAGGUACACCAUCGUCAGGGCGAUCCUCGCACGCAACGGAACUUCUACCAUCAACAACCCUACAAUCAACAAAAUCCCAACGAAUGCGUCAUGUCUUCCAAUCCGAGUUAUGGAUCAACAUUAA